CUCCUUCAGGUGACUCACAUUACCCCUCAUAGUUUAUGAAUAUGCUUCCUAGUCACAGGUGUGGGCGUGGGAGUGUUGUUGUGGGGGUUGGUGGUGGUCUGGGACACGAGUUUGCAACAUGCGGCUUCCACACAACCAGCAUUACAUACAAAUAUCCAAACUGGAAAAUGAUUAAGGAAGUGAAGCAUCGGAAAGCUGUGAAGGAAUUUGCAUUUGAAAGGCUGAACAUAAAUGCACUAAGAAAGAACAAAAUCAUUCCACCAGCAAUUCAGGAAAUAGCUGACAAAGAAAUAGAUGCGUUGCCACGUAAAUCUAGCAUCUCUCAGCUACACAAGCGAUGUAUGCUCACUUCUAGACCCCGAGGCCUUGUUGCCAGGUGGAGAUUAUCGCGUAUAGUAUGGCGUCAUGAGGCUGAUUACAAUAAGUUAUCUGGGGUCCAGCGAGCCAUGUGGUGAAGUUUCAGGUAUUGGUGAAUAGGAAUGGGUUAUUUCUUAAUACAUGUGUGAAACAUUAAGUGCAAUUUGAGUAUGUUACUCUGCAUUAUAGAUAUCGAACCAAGAAUUGAGUAUUACUUGUUUAAUACAUAAAACAUACCACAUCAGUUCUUUUCAGGGGUUUAUAAUUUAGCAUAACAGCAAAAAUAACGAGUUGCUGUAAAUACAUUUUCAUGUAUAUACUGGAGAUUUCUUUUUCUAUUAAAUUUUAAAUUGAUUAAAAGUUAA